AUGAGCGCCUCGCUCGUGCUCAGCCCUCGCUGGCACGCGGACACGGUGAUGUUUGUGUACGACAAUAACCUGGACGAGCUCAACAAGAACAUGGAGGGCUUCCCCACGGCCGCGGCCACGCAGUGCCGCAACAUCAUGGCGCACUCCGCGGCGCUGGGAGGGCAUCCGUCCGGCCUGGUGCACUCCUCCGCGGGAUACCCCGCCGUGGAAGUGUCGGGGUCCGGCUCCAGCGACAGCGGCGCGGUCACGGGGAAGCAGUGCACCGCGGGACCGUGCGCGGCCGCGGUGCCGCACCAGAGCUCCUCCGCCGCCACCGCGCUGCCCUACAGCUACUUCAGCAACGGCUACUACCCGUGCCGCAUGAGCCGCGGGGCGCUCAAGUCGUGCACGCAGGCGGCGGGAGCGCUCAGCUCUCAGUACAUGGACACCCCCGUGAGCUCCGAGGAGUACCCCAACCACCGCGCCAAAGAGCUCGCCUUCUACCACAGCUACCCCGGGCCCUACCAGUCCAUGGCCAGUUACCUGGACGUGUCCGUGGUGCAGACGCUCGGCGCGGAGCCGCGGCACGACACUUUGCUGCCCGUGGACACUUACCAGCCCUGGGCCCUGACCAACGGCUGGGGCGGACAGAUGUACUGCAAAGAGCAGGGCCAGAGCCACCUGUGGAAGAGCGCACUGGCGGACGUGGUGGCGCAUCAACACGACGGCUCUCCCUUCCGCCGCGGCCGGAAAAAGCGCAUCCCGUACACGAAGGUGCAGCUGAAGGAGCUGGAGAAGGAGUACGCCGCCAACAAGUUCAUCACCAAGGACAAGCGCAGGAAGAUCUCCGCCGUCACCAACCUCUCCGAGCGCCAAAUCACCAUCUGGUUCCAGAACCGGCGCGUCAAGGAGAAGAAAUUCGUGGCCAAAGUGAAGACGAGCGCGCCAUGAUGUGGAGAAGCGCGCGCGUAAAAGGCGUGCGUAAAAAGGCGAAGCGUGCGUAAAAAAAAAAAAAAAAAAAAGGACUCCAGAAUGGUUUGGCGUCUCCGGAAUCCCAAAAAAACUGUAAAAUAUGAACUCUUCAAACAUCACACUCGGGACAUGAAAAAAGACAAUGUGAAAAGUGCCAAAGCGCGUCCCCGUGUGAUCUGUACAGCACUUGAGCCUGCGCUAUACGUGUACGUGUACGUCAGUGUCGUGUCUGUUUGUUUGUUUGUGUCUGUAGCCAUAGCAACCGUAUAUAUGCAUAUGUUUAUUACGCCUGUAAACGUGAGUAUAGUGUAUCACUUAAUAAACGCUGUU